AUGUAUCUAUUCUUUAAAUUUUAUUUAAACUUACUUAAUCAUCAUUUUCAGUUAACAGUCAAAUCAUUAAAUGAAUCUCAUUAAUGUGUGAAUCAAUGUCCUAAUAAAGUAAAUAUUAUUAUUAAAGUAGAAUUUUUAACAACCAGAAUUGAGUUAGAAAUAAUUUCAAGAAUUCUUGAACAACUAGAACUUGAAUUCCCUAAAUUUAUGAAAAAUAUGAGCAAUUAUAUGAAACGAGAAAGAUAUUCAAUAUCAACCAUAAAA